AUGCUCAUCGACUUCGCCUUCAAGAUCAUCUCCAUCCCAUUCAUCCCCAUCAAGAUACUCGGAAAUCAUCUUCCGCAUCCUUCUUUGCCUCCUUCCAAACCGAAAACCAGCCAGGACCCAAAGAACCCCUCUGCUUCAACCUCAAAUCCCACCAAGAUGUACGUCUAUCUGGGCAAGCUCAACUGGAAGGGUGCGGCGGUGGCCGAGGACGAGACUUUCAUCGUUAUACUGCCAAAUGGAGCUGUUCGCACCGGUGACACUGCCUAUGUCUUCUUCCAGUGGACGCGGGAUGAAUACGGAGUGCCGAAGGCCAACUGGUUUCAGACAAUCUCUAUCGACAAGGUUUCCAAGACCGACAAGGGAGACGAUGUCUUCACUCUGAAGCACCCGAAGUUCUCGUGGAAGAUCACUAGCCAGCAAGCCUACGAGAACAUCAAGAUUACCAUGUCAGAUUGUGCAAGCUAUGAGACCUCGUCAACUCUCAAGCGUGUUUGGGGUACCUACUCCCACGGCGGCAAAGCCAAUGACACUGUCCGAGUCUGGACCGGAAAGAUCAACUGGUCCACCUUCGCCAAAAACGAGAUGGCUACCUUCAUCGCUCCUGAGGGCUUCGGCCAAGGCAGGCCCAUCAUGUCUCUUUGGCAAUGGACGAAGAGCUCUGCUGGCAAAGCCAAGGAUCCGUCUCUCCGUUGCGAAUACCAGAAGAUUCAGACCGAGAACAAUGACGUUGUCAGAUUUACUUACACUUCCUACUACGACUUGGACUGCACCUUCAACCGGCAAACCGGCAAGCUUUCCGUCCGCAUGAAGUCACCUCAGGACAGUUCCGCCAAAGACCUUGGCGACUUCACCCUCGCUGCUUUGAUCGAUCGCCACUCUCACGACUUCAACCCGCCUGAGUCGACCCCGAACAAGGAGGAAACCGAAUUCAGGCUUCCUCAGCCUCAGCCCUCGCUCCCUCGUGUCCUUGCCCCGAUGCCCUUCCCUCGUACCCUGCUCGAAACUUUAACUCACACCGCUGCGUUUGUCGAUCAAGCCGGUUACCUGGCCAAGUAUGCGGAGCAGGAAUUCAGAACACUGGACGAAAGGUUCCACCAGAGCGAGAGGCAACUUGAAGUGGCUCAGCAAGAGGCCAGUGCCCUUGAUAAGGAAGUCAAGAUGCUGAAACAAAAAAUUGCCGUCGGAGAAGGCGUUGCCGACGAAUUGAGGAAGCAGCUUAAGGAUGCCGAGGACAAAGAAAUGAAGAUGAAAAGACAUGACACAAAGGACCAUGAUGAGAUUAACAACCUCCUAAGGGAGCGCAGCAAUCUCAAGGCAGAAGUCUCUGCUCUCAAGAUCAAACUCGUCGAGGUAGGCGAGAACCUUGAAGCGGAACAGAAGCAGAGGAGAAGACUGGAACACGAGAAAGACCACCUCGAAGACCACUGUGCGCUUUUGAAGAAGCAGAAGGAAAAGCUGAGGGCGGAGAAAGGAGAGCUCGAGGCCAAAAACAAAGAUUCGGAGAAGCUGCGGAAGACACUCCAUAAGGAACUCCAGAACACCAAGGAUGAAGUUCAAACGAAGACUGAUGCCCUCAAGAAAGCCGAAAAGGAGAGAGACCAAGCUCAAUCUGAGAUUGAAUCGAAGAAUCUGACCAUCAACAAGGCUGAAGAGAAGGCCAAGAAGGCUGAGAAAGAUUUUGAUGUUGUGGCCCGCACCCUUAAGAAGGCCCAAGAGGAGAUCACUCAUUUGAAGAAGGAACGAAGUGAUCAUGAUGAGUUGGACAAGAAGCACUUUGUGGAUGAUCAGAAGCAAGAUGCUGAACACCUUAAGGAAAUGGGAAAAAUUCGCAGAGAAUACGAGAAAAAGCUCAAGGAUGCCGAUGACAAGCUAAAGGCUGCUCUGUCUGAAGUUCAAAGCCUGAAGAAUAGCCAAGAGGAGCAUGCGAAGAAGGAUCAGGAGCUCGCGGAACAAGAUAAGAAGACACACCAGGACUACGAGGAUAGGUACAACAGCCACCUUGAGAAAGACAAAGCAGAUGCGGCGGUGAGGGAUGCGGCGGACAAAGCUGCACUCGACGAAGAGCAAAAGAGAAUCAACGACGCACAGGAAAGACUCAACGCAAGGAAGGCAAUGCAACGAUCGGGAUGGCAGCAGAAUAAGGGUGGCGUGGCGGUCUGA